UCGGCGUCAGUCCGGACCAAGUCGUGAAUCCGCGUGCACAAAAUAGAAAAAUAACAAACCGGUGCACCGAGUCGACCGGGAACAACGCGUUUGUUUACACACGUUCGGGCUCGGCCACUACGAUUUACAUAUUAUUAUAUUAAACUUACAUUUUAUAAUAAUACAUAUUUUAUGUAAAAAAAAAGUAUAUUUAUACAUAUAGAGAAAAACAACGAAACCGAAAACCACCGCAAACGACGACAAUGCGAGUGAAUUUAACGUGAUUUAUAAAUAGUUUUUUUUUUUUUUUUUUUAAUUAAAUUUAUACAUUGCCAGACGACGAACAUGAACGACUGACCGCAAAACGGAAACAUCCAGGAAACAUAUCUGCUUGAUAUUGUAGAAGACAAAUAACAAUCGUUCCGUGACAACAAAAUCGACCUUUGCUCAUCUCGUUCAGGUAUCCAAUACGAUGGCUUUGCAAUGGAUAGCUGGAGGGUUCGUGGUGUUCCAGCUGCUGGCGACCGUUCUUUGUCUGGAAAACGGAUUAGCCAGGACGCCUCCAAUGGGAUGGUUGGCGUGGGAGAGAUUCAGGUGUAACACCGAUUGCAAAAACGACCCCGACAACUGUAUAAGUGAAAGGUUGUUCAGGACCAUGACGGACAUCGUCAUAUCCGAAGGAUAUGCUGCCGUAGGAUACGAAUACAUAAACGUGGACGACUGUUGGCUGGACUUUUCCCGGUCGUUUGACGGAAGACUUCAGCCCGACGCAAAGCGAUUUCCCAGGGGAAUGGCCGACCUGUCCGAAUACAUCCACUCGAGAGGACUCAAGUUCGGCAUUUACGAGGACUACGGCAACUUCACUUGUGCCGGAUAUCCGGGCGUGCUGGGCUCCCUGGAGUUGGACGCGAACACGUUCGCCGAAUGGAACGUGGACUUUGUCAAGCUGGACGGGUGCUAUUCGCUACCCAAAGACAUGGAUCAAGGUUACAGCGAAUUCGGUUAUCACCUGAACAGGACCGGCCGGGCAAUGAUAUACUCGUGCAGUUGGCCCGUGUACCAGACUUACGCUGGAAUGCAACCAAACUAUUCGGCCAUAACGGAAAGAUGUAACCUGUGGAGGAACUUCGAUGACAUCCAAGACUCGUGGGCGAGUGUGGAGAGCAUUAUCGACUAUUACGGCGACAACCAGGACAUCAUAGCGGCAAACGCAGCACCGGGUCACUGGAACGACCCCGACAUGUUGAUCAUCGGCAACUUCGGGUUGAGCUACGAACAGAGCAAGGUGCAGAUGGCUAUGUGGGCUAUACUAGCCGCCCCUCUGCUCAUGUCGGUCGACCUGAGAACCAUCCGACCUGAGUACAAGGCGAUUUUGCAGAACAAGAAAAUCAUAGCCGUCGACCAGGACAGGCUGGGAAUCCAAGGCCGGAGAAUCUACAAGCAUAAAGGUAUUGAAAUCUGGGCUCGACCCGUAACGCCAAUUUUCGAAAAUUACUUCUCUUACGCCAUCCUUUUCCUUAACCGUCGGACCGACGGCACCCCGUCCGAUGUGGCCGUCACCCUGCAAGAGAUGGGAUUACUGUCACCUUCAGGAUACAGGAUUCAAGAUUUGUACGAAGACGUCGACUACGGCGUACUGUCCCCGCAAACGAAAAUCAAGGUCAAAGUAAAUCCCACCGGUGUAGUCAUAUUGAAAGCGGACGUUCAACAGAUCCUGGCUAAACCACAACCGUAUUACAAACCGUACAACCCGUUCACGCAAGUCUAUCCCUUAAGGACGGCCAACGAUUUUGUCAAGAAAUGAUAGCGUCUUAAAGAGCUUACAGGUUCACUUGACCCCACAACGAAAACAAGUGUCCCUGCGAGACGAUCAAGUUGCAUAUCAAAAACUUCAACAAAAAAAAUAACUCAACCGAUUGCCCGACAAAAAGAGAAAGGAUCCUCAUUAUUUGAUUUCAAAAAUAAAGAUUCUAAGCAAAAACAAAUAAUGAUAAUAAUUAUUCGACUCGCCUGCGUAUAUAUAUUAUGUUAUUAUUGUAAAAAAAAUAUAUAUAUAUAAAUACAAUUUUUUUUUAAA